UCCCAAACAUGGCGGCUCCGCUGGGCGGUAUGUUCUCCGGGCAGCCUCCGGGGCCUCCGCCACCCCCGCCGGGACUCCCGGGCCAGGCUUCCCUUCUCCACGCAGCGCCUGGCACGCCGAGAACUUCUAGCAGCACCUUGGUGGACGAGUUGGAGUCGUCAUUCGAGGCUUGCUUUGCUUCUCUCAUGAGUCAGGAUUAUGUCAAUGGAACUGAUCAGGAAGAAAUUCGAACUGGUGUUGAUCAGUGUAUCCAGAAGUUUCUAGACAUUGCAAGACAGACAGAAUGCUUCUUUCUACAGAAAAGAUUGCAGUUGUCUGUCCAGAAACCAGAGCAAGUUAUCAAAGAGGAUGUCUCAGAACUAAGGAAUGAAUUACAGCGGAAAGAUGCGCUGGUGCAGAAGCAUUUGACAAAGCUAAGGCAUUGGCAGCAGGUGCUGGAGGACAUCAAUGUGCAGCACAAAAAGCCAGCUGAAGUCCCUCAGGGCUCCUUGGCUUACCUGGAGCAGGCUUCUGCCAAUAUCCCUGCGCCUCUGAAGCAGACCUGA